AUGCUUCACUCUCCGCUGAAAACGGCGCUGGCGUAUGAAUGUUUCCAAGACCAGGCCAGUUCCACGCUGGCCUUGCCCUCGGAUCACAAGCUGAAAACUAAGGGCACGGGAAAACAGAGGGUCCAAGAACAAGUGAUGAUGACGGUGAAACGGCAGAAGCAGAAAUCGUCUGUGUCUUCGAGCAUGGGCCACUCCAACCGAGGUUCCAUGUACGAUAGUCUAGCUGAUGGUUAUGGCUAUGGGACAUCCCGGGGCAGCUAUUAUGCCAAAACCCAAACAGGAAACAGCAACUGGGGCUAUCCGCUGUACAACGGGACGCUGAAGCGGGAUGUGGAGAACAGGCGCUACAGCUCCUACAGCCAGAUGGAGGGCUGGGGCAGCAAGCACUACAGCAAGGCUGCGGUCUGCAGCCCCGCCAGGGCCGGCAGCGACUACUGCUUUGUGCAGAACAUCAAGAGCAGCCGGAGCGAGCCGGACCUCUACUGCGAACCACCCCGCGGCACGCUGAGGAAGACUCAGGUGGGGAACAGGGCAGAGCACAAGGCAACCCUGAACCGCCAGAGCAUCUACAGCAGCUGCAGCACCCAGCAAGGAACUACCAGGACAAGUAAAAAAAUGCCAGCGCGGGCCCUCUCCUGCCCCUCCAGCAACAAAGCCGACGURGUCUAUGCCCAGCCUAUGAUGAGCAGCAAGCAGGACGUGGUUUAUGGACAGGCUCAGUCCAGCUCCAAAAUAUGUGGUGAUGAAAUAGAUGGCGGUACAAUGACCAUCCAGAAAGCCAUACAGCUUUUGUGCUCCUCCGAUGACAAAUACCAAGCCAUGGGAGCUUACUACCUCCAGCACACCUGCUUCCAGGACGAGUCUGCCAAGCAAGAGGUCUAUCGUCUCGGGGGAAUCGCCAAGCUUGUUGAACUGCUCCGCAGCACAAACCAGAACGUUCAGCGAGCAGCAGCUGGAGCUCUCCGAAAUUUGGUCUUCAGGAAUCCAACCAACAAGAUAGAAACACGACGGCAGAAUGGGAUAAGGGAGUGUGUGAGCCUUCUCCGCAGGACGGGGAACACAGAAAUACAGAAGCAAUUGACAGGACUGCUCUGGAACCUCUCUUCCACUGAUGAAUUGAAAGAAGAGUUAAUACAGGAGGCCCUCCCUGUCUUGACAGACUGUGUUAUCAUCCCUUUCUCUGGCUGGUCUGAUGGUGGCUGCAAUAGAACAAGAGAAAUUAUUGACCCAGAAGUAUUCUUCAAUGCUACAGGGUGUUUGAGACAGCGAAUGCAGCUCCUUUCCCUGUCUUGGAAGAGAGCCUUUCUCGUGCAAUUAAACUUGAGUUCUGCAGAUAUGGGACGCCAGACGAUGAGGAAUUACCCAGGCCUGAUUGAUUCAGUCAUGACCUACGCCCAGAACUGUGUGGCUUCUAACCGACCUGAUGAUAAGUCUGUGGAGAAUUGCAUCUGCAUCCUGCACAACCUCUCCUACCGCCUGGAUGCUGAAGUUCCCAACAAAUACACUCAGCUCAACCACAUGGCCCGGAGUGUUUAUAUGGACAAAACUCUCACAGGCUGCUUCAACAGCAGGAGUGGCAAAAUGGAGAACGAUGAGUAUGGCAUCCCCCUUCCUGAGGAGGAUUAUAAACCUAAAGGACCCAGCUGGCUCUACCACUCAGAUGCCAUCCGCACCUAUCUGUCCCUGAUGGAGCACAGCAAGAAGGAUGCCACUUUGGAAGCUUGUGCUGGGGCCCUGCAGAACCUCACUGCAAGCCGAGGGCUGAUGUCAAAUGCCAUGAGCCAAUUGAUUGGUAUGAAAGAAAAAGGUUUGCCUCGCAUUGCACGGCUCCUUCAGUCCAACAGCUCUGAAGUUGUCCGCUCUGGGGCUUCUUUGCUGAGCAACAUGUCCAGACAUCCUGUUCUCCACAAAACCAUGGCCCACCAGGUGCUUCCAGAUGUAUCACGUCUCCUAUCAUUCCAGUCUGGAAAUACCAACAGCUAUGGAGAGAUCAUGACAUCAGCCUGUUACACUCUGAGGAACCUCAUCAUGUCCAACCCACAUCUGGGAAAGUCUUACUUGACGAGCAACAUGCUAAAUAAUGUAGUAAGCCUGUGCCGAAAUGGCUCCUGUCCAAAAGCGGCUGAAGCUGCUCGCCUCCUCCUGACGGAUCUGUGGUCAAACAAGGAGCUGCAGAGCGUGCUCAAACAGCAAGGAUUUGAUAAGAACAUGAUGGGAUCUCUAGCUGGAACGACCUUCAGGACCCUCUCUUCCAGAUUCUAG